AUGAGGGAUUUGGGAGUGCUAGGGGAGAUGCCGGCCAGGAGAGGACUGCGUGUGAAGGCAAGGCUGAGACACGACCUGCCGCUUCUCCCGCUGCUGCUGCUGGGGCUGCUCCUCGGGGCUCUGUCACCAACAAACGCUCAAUCAUGUGGAGGUGUAGUACAAGGCCUGAAUGGGACCAUAGAGUCGCCCGGGUUCCCUCACGGUUACCCCAACUACGCCAACUGCACGUGGCUCAUCAUCACGGGCGAGAGGAACAGGAUCCAGCUCACCUUUGUCACACUGGCGCUGGAGGAGGACUUUGAUAUUGUGUCAGUCUACGAUGGGCAACCGUCGCCUGGCAACUUAAAAAUGAGGUUGUCGGGAUUCAUGCUGCCCUCUCCUAUAGUGAGCAGUGGAUCUAUAUUGGCCUUAUGGUUCACCACAGACUUUGCGGUCAGUGCACAGGGCUUCAAGGCUGUAUAUGAAGUGCUGCCCAGCCAUACAUGUGGAACCCCGGGCCUCAUCCCAAACGGAGUGAUCCACGGCUCGCGCUACAACAUCGGGGACAAGAUCCGCUACAGCUGUGAGUCGGGCUACGUGCUGGAAGGACACAACAUCCUCACAUGUAUUGUGUCAGCUGGCAGCGGGGCUCAGUGGGACUUCCCCUCUCCAUUCUGUCGAGCUGAGGGGGCAUGUGGCGGGACAUUACGAGGCACAGCAGGCUCCAUCACAAGUCCAGGAUACCCCACAGAGUACGACAACAACCUGGACUGUACCUGGUCCAUCCUCGCUGAGCCGGGGGACACCAUUGCUCUGGUCUUCAAUGAUUUUUUUUUAGAAGACAAAUAUGAUAUCCUGGAAAUCAGCGGGACAGAAGCACCCAGCAUAUGGCUGACUGGCACAACAUUACCAUCACCAGUGAUCUCCAGUAAGAACUGGCUGCGGAUACACUUCACAUCAGACAGCAACCACAGAAGAAAAGGAUUCAGUGCACAGUAUCAAGUUAAAAAGGCGAUCGAGCUGAAGUCCAGAGGGGUGAAGAUGAUGCCAAGCAAAGACUCCAGUCACAAAAACGCAGUGUUGAGUCAGAGUGGCCUUGCUGGAGAUGUUUGUCCAGAUCCCGGGGUCCCAGAAAACGGCAAGAGGAUGGGCUCUGUAUUUCAAGUGGGCUCCAGCGUCCAGUUCAGCUGCGAUGACAGCUACGUUCUUCAAGGAUCUAAAAGUAUCACCUGUCAGAGAGUCACAGACACACUGGCAGCCUGGAGUGACCACCGGCCCAUCUGCAGGACACGGACAUGUGGAAGUAACUUACGGGGACCUAGAGGCAUCAUAACUUCCCCCAACUACCCUGUUCAGUAUGAGAAUAAUGCACACUGUGUGUGGGUCAUCACUGCAAUGGAUCCUGGGAAGGUGAUAAAGCUGUCGUUUGAGGAGUUUGACCUGGAAAGAGGAUAUGACACUCUGACAGUGGGAGAUGGAGGGAAGAUCGGUGACACCCGGCGAGUGCUAUAUGUACUCACAGGCACCAGUGUCCCCGACCUCAUCGUCAGCUUGUCCAAUCAGAUGUGGCUUCAUUUGCAAUCAGACGAUACAAUUGGCUCAGCGGGAUUCAAGGCUGUUUAUGAAGAGAUUGAACGGGGAGGCUGCGGUGACCCUGGGGUGCCCCCUGGGGUGCCCGCGUUCGGUCGGCGCAGCGGUGAUCGCUUUCAACAUGGAGAUGUGCUGACCUUUUUCUGCCAGUCAGCGUUUGAACUAGUGGGGGAACGGACCAUCACGUGUCAACACAACAACCAGUGGUCAGGAAACAAACCCAGCUGUGUCUUCUCAUGUUUCUUCAACUUCACUGCUCCCUCUGGGACCGUUCUCUCUCCGAAUUACCCUGAAGAAUACGGGAACAACCUGAACUGUGUGUGGCUGAUCAUCUCUGAGCCCGGCAGCCGCAUCCACCUCCUCUUCUCCGACUUUGACCUUGAGCCGCAGUUUGAUUGGCUGGUUGUCAAAGAUGAAGGUCUGUCUGAGCCAACUACAUUUGGGACCUUCUCCGGAAAAGACGUCCCUUCACAAAUUGCCUCAAAUGGACAUAUCAUGAGACUCGAGUUUCAGUCGGACCAUUCAAAUACAGGAAAAGGAUUCAACAUCAGCUAUACAACGUUUGGACAAAAUGAGUGCCAUGAUCCAGGCGUUCCUGUCAAUGGUCAAAGAUAUGGAGACCAGUUCCAGCUGGGCAGCUCUGUUGCUUUUCGCUGUGAUCAGGGGUUCAUAAGGACACAGGGCUCAGAUCAGGUGACAUGUAUCAUUCAGGAUGGAAAUGUAGUGUGGUCUGCUGCUGUCCCUCGUUGUGAAGCUCCUUGUGGGGGCCACCUCACAGCUCCCACGGGGGUGCUGCUGUCUCCAGGAUGGCCUUCCUUCUACAGGGACUCCCUUAACUGUCAGUGGGUGAUUGAGGGACAGCCUGACCAUGCUGUGAAAAUCCACUUUGACAGGUUUCAAACUGAGGUCAACUAUGACACAUUAGAAAUUCGGGAUGGCCCCUCAGCGUCCUCCCCUCUGAUUGGUGAAUACCACGGAACCCAAGCACCACACUUCUUGAUCUCCACUUCCAACUUCUUGUUCCUGCUGUUUACCACGGACAAUAGUCGCUCAGCAUCAGGCUUCAGCAUUCGAUAUGAAAGUGUGAAGAUGGAGACCGACUCUUGUCUUGACCCUGGCAUCCCUGUGAAUGGACGUCGCCAUGGAAGCAGCUUCUCCAUUGGCUCUCAAGUCUCGUUCACAUGUGACGCAGGAUACACACUGAGUGACCAGGAGCCAAUCGUUUGUGAGCAGAAUCAUCAGUGGAGCCAUGCGCUGCCCAGCUGUGAUGCACUUUGUGGAGGAUAUGUCUAUGGCAAAACAGGCACAAUCCUGUCACCUGGCUUUCCUGACUUUUACCCAAACUCUCUAAACUGCACCUGGACAAUUGAGGUGUCCCAUGGCAAGGGGGUCCAUCUGGUUUUCCACACCUUCCAUCUGGAGGAGAAUCAUGACUACCUGUCCAUCACGGAAGAUGGAAAUUUUCUGGUUCCAGUUGCACGACUCACUGGCUCAGUACUGCCACCUGGUGUCAAAGCUGGGCUGUACGGGAACUUCACCACUCAACUACGAUUCAUUUCUGACUUUUCCAUGAGUUAUGAAGGCUUUAACAUCACAUUCUCAGAGUAUGAUCUGGAGCCAUGUGAGGACCCUGGGGUGCCUGCCUUCAGUCGUAGAAUGGGCUUUAGGUUUCGGGUUGGCGAUGCUUUGGCAUUCUCCUGUUUCCAAGGUUACAGACUAGAGGGGGACAGUACCAUUACCUGUCUGGGUGGGGGACGGCGAGUCUGGAGCAACACCUUGCCAAGAUGUAUAGCCGAAUGUGGAGCCUCUUCAGUGGGACUGGAGGGAGUACUUCUCUCUCCCAACUUCCCAUCCAACUACGAUAACAACCACGAGUGUAUCUACCGCAUCACCACAGAAAAGGGCAAAGGAAUCAGGCUGAGAGCAGAGAGCUUCUCUCUGCAGAAUGGAGACUUUCUCAAGGUGUAUGAUGGAGAAAAUAGCUCCUCACGCCUCCUUGGUAAUUUCACUCGAGAGGUUAUGCUUGGCCUUGUCAUCAACAGUACGUCCAAUCACUUAUGGGUGGAAUUUAACAGCAAUGCAUCUGGGACUGACACCGGCUUUCGUCUUACAUAUACAAGUUUUGACCUUGUACGCUGCGAGGAACCAGGAAUCCCAAACUACGGAUAUAAGAUCCAGGAUGACGGUCACUAUGCCAACACAUUCGUCCUGUAUGCCUGUAACCCUGGGUACAGUCUCCAUGGCAGCAGCACACUGACCUGCCUGAGUGGAGACCGUCGUGUCUGGGACAAGCCUCUCCCCUCGUGCAGUGCUGAGUGUGGGGGUCACAUCACAGGCGCAGUGUCUGGUCGCAUCCUCUCCCCGGGAUACCCUGCCCCCUAUGACAACAAUCUGCACUGUACCUGGACUAUAGAGGCGGACACAGGCAAGACCAUCAGUCUUCAUUUUAUUGUCUUUGACACUGAAAUUGGACAUGACAUCCUGAGAGUGUGGGAUGGCCCCUCUGGAACAUCCGAUGGAGGCAUUCUGUUGAAAGAGUGGUCUGGUCCUGCCUUACCUGAAGACAUCCACUCCACAUUCAACAUCCUCACACUGCAGUUUGACUCAGACUAUUUCAUCAGCAAGCAAGGCUUCUCUAUACAGUUCUCUACCAACACAGCCACCACCUGUAAUGACCCAGGCGUCCCGGUGAACGGCUCUCGAUAUGGAGACAGCCGAGAGCCUGGAGACAGCAUGACCUUCCAGUGUGACCCUGGAUAUCAACUCCACGGACAAGACACCAUCACAUGUGUGCGCAUGGACAACCGCUUCUACUGGAAGCCUGACCCACCCACGUGCAUAGCAACCUGUGGAGGCAAUGUCAGCGGCCCAUCCGGAGUUAUCCUGUCUCCUAACUACCCGCAGCCCUAUCCAGCGGGAAAGGAGUGUGACUGGAGAAUACGAGUCAACCCGGAUUUUGUCAUAGCAUUAAUCUUCAAAAGUUUUAACAUGGAGCCAAGUUACGACUUUCUGCACAUCUACGAAGGUGAGGACUCUAACGGACCUUUACUUGCAAGUCUCCAAGGCAACCAGGCCCCAGAGCGCAUCGAGAGCAGCAGCAACAGCCUCUUCUUGGCGUUCAGGUCUGAUGCUUCGUUGGGCAUGUCCGGUUUCGCUAUUGAAUUCAGAGAAAAACCGAGAGAGGCCUGUUUUGACCCUGGGAACAUAAUGAACGCUAGUCGGACUGGAUAUGACUAUAAACUGGGAUCACAGGUGUCCUACCAGUGUCACCAUGGCUACACCACAGUGGGCGGAGACACUAUCACCUGUAUCAUGGGGCCUGAUGGGAAGCCGAUUUGGGACAAGCCGCUGCCAUCUUGUAAAGCCCCAUGUGGAGGACAGUACAGUGGAUCUGAAGGGGUCGUGCUGUCUCCUAAUUACCCUCUGAACUACACAACCAGACAAACAUGUUCCUAUUACAUCACAGUGUCCCAACAGUUUGUGGUUUUUGGUCAGUUUGCGGUUUUUCAGACGGCAAUGAAUGACUCCGUAGAGCUGUUUGAUGGAGCCAAUGAAAACGCGCGCCUACUCAGUUCUUUGGCUGGAUCGCAUUCUGGGGAGACAUUGCCACUUGCCACUUCCAAUCAGAUUAUGUUGCGGUUCAACGCUAAGAGUGGCCAGUCAGCUAGAGGCUUUCAUUUUGUCUACCAAGCUGUACCUAGGACGAGUGACAGUCAGUGCAGCUCAGUGCCAGAGCCACGGUACGGCCGUCGGAUUGGUUCAGAGUUCUCGGCUGGCUCGGUGGUCCGCUUUGAGUGCAGUCCAGGGUAUCUGCUCAAAGGAUCCAGUGCUAUACAGUGCCAGGCAGUACCCGGGGCCCUAGCACAGUGGAACGCAUCCACACCGACUUGCAUAGUUCCCUGCAGUGGCAAUUUGACAGAGCGCCGCGGUACCAUCCUGUCUCCAGGAUAUCCUGAGCCAUACCCAAACAGCCUCAACUGCCUCUGGAGGAUCCAUGUUAGCGAGGGGGCCGGCAUACAGAUUCAAGUGAUGACGUUUGCUACCGAGCACAACUGGGAUUCUCUGGAGAUCUAUGAUGGAGGCGACAUGACAGCUCCUAAAUUAGGGUCAUUUUCUGGAACAACAGCACCAGCCCUGCUCAACUCAACUUCCAAUCAGCUCCUCCUGCACUUUCAGAGUGACAUCAGUGUAGUAGCAGCGGGCUUUCACCUAGAAUACAAAACUGUUGGUUUAACAACAUGUCCAGAGCCGAUGAUGCCAGCCAAUGGCAUUAAGAGUGGAGACAGAUACAUGGUCAAUGAAGUCGUGGCCUUUUCUUGCGAGCCUGGGUACACACUACAGGGUCACUCGCAUAUUUCCUGCAUGCCUGGUACAGUACGUCGCUGGAACUACCCACCUCCUCUUUGUAUUGCUCGUUGUGGUGGAGUGCUGACUGAGUUGAGCGGUGUCAUCCUUAGUCCAGGUUUCCCUGGCAACUACCCAGGAAACCUGGACUGUACAUGGCAGAUAGUUCUGCCAUCUGGAUACGGAGCUCAUGUUCAGUUUCAGAAUUUCUCCUCAGAGGACAACCAUGAUUUUCUGGAAGUCAGGGCUGGACCACAACACAGCUCAGCUCUUAUUGGCCAAUUUACAGGCUCCCAGAUCCCCCCUCCUCUUCUCAGCACCACCCACCUCACCAUCAUCCACUUCUACAGCGACCACUCAGAGAAUAGACCAGGCUUCAAACUAACCUACCAAGCCUAUCAGCUUCAAAACUGCCAAGACCCAUCUCCCUUCCUGAAUGGGGACAUCAUUAACAGUGACUUCAGUGCGGGCCAGUCAGUGACUUUCCAGUGUUAUCCUGGCUAUGUUCUGAUUGGACACCCAGUUCUGACUUGUUUACAUGGGGCUAACAGGAAGUGGAACCAUCCCUUUCCACGAUGUGAAGCACCUUGUGGCUACAAUAUCACCGCUGAGAAUGGAACUAUCUAUUCACCACAAUAUCCUUCUGAGUACCCCAACUCGCAGGACUGUACCUGGACCAUCACUGUUCCUCAUGGACAUGGAGUUUAUAUCAAUUUCACUCUCCUGCAAACAGAGCCAGUUACAGACUACAUUGCUGUGUGGGAUGGUCCGGACACAGCGAACCCUCAGCUGGGAGUGUUCAGCGGUAACACAGCUCUGGAGACGGCCUAUAGCAGUAGCCCCAGUGUCCUCAUUCGCUUUCACUCUGACUUCUCCACCGGGGGCUUCUUCAUACUCAACUUCCACGCUUACCGUCUGAAGAAGUGCCCGACUCCUCCUGCUGUGGAAAAUGCUGAGAUCAUCUUUGAAGAUGAAGACUUCCAAAUUGGUGAUAUUGUGAAGUAUCGCUGUUUACCUGGCUACACUCUGGUUGGAAAGGCAGAGCUGAUGUGUAAACUCAACUCCCAUUUACUUUUUGAAUCUCCACCACCAACUUGUCAAGCUCAGUGUCCAGCAAAUGAGGAGCGUUCUUUGUCAUCUGGAGUCAUACUAAGUCCAGGGUUUCCUAGCAACUACCCCAACAGUCAGACGUGCUCGUGGCUGCUGCGGAUGGUUCCAGGUUACACCAUCAAUAUCUAUGUUGAGAUGUUCCACAGUGAGAAACAGUUUGAUGAAUUGGAGAUUUUUGAUGGAUCCUCGGGACAAAGCCCUUUACUAGUAGCUCUGAGCGGUAACCACUCCACCCAGCUUAACUUCACAUCAAAGACAAACCAGCUGUAUUUGCGAUGGUCCACUGACCAUGCAACCAAUAAGAGAGGCUUCAAGAUCCGAUACUCAGCUGCCUAUUGCAGCAUCAAUGACCCACCAAUCAAUGGGGGAGUGGUCAACAGAACGUCCCUUCGUCCUGGCAGCAGACUGCUGUUCUUUUGUAAUCGCGGAUACCGUCUGGUUGGAGCAACCAAUGCAACAUGUAGGCUUCACCAAAACGGCCUCUACCAAUGGGACACACCAACACCUAUUUGUCAGGCAAUCUCGUGUGGAAUCCCUCAGUCCCUGGGCAAUGGCAGCUUCCAUGCGUACCAGUACACAGUGGGCAGUCAGGUGACAUACUUCUGCAACAAUGGUUUUCAUUUGGAUCCUGAUGUUCCUAUGACCACAGUGUGUUUAGAGGACAGCACCUGGAGCAAUGUAGCAUCACCCCCUAGAUGCCUACCUGUCCAUUGCCCUAGUGUUGAAGGGAUCCUGACAGAGCACAUGACUUACCGCCUGUUGAUUGGUCGACUGGGAGAGUUUGGUUCUGUGGUGAUGCUAGAAUGUGCAUCAGGUCAUUAUUUGGGCAUUGGGCAUCGGACUCUUCGCUGUCUGGCCAAUGGGACAUGGGAGGGCUCAGACGACCCGGCAACAUGCAAGAUCAUCUCUUGUGGUGAUCUUCCUUCUCCUCCCUUUGGCACCAAACUGGGGACACUGACCACAUUUGGAGCGACUGCUAUCUUCAUGUGUAACCACGGAUACACUCUGGUGGGGUCUCAUGUCCGGGAGUGUGGGGCAAACGGCCUCUGGAGUGGAACAGAGACCAGAUGUUUAGCUGGUCACUGCGACUCUCCAGAUCCCAUUGUGAAUGGCCACAUUAGUGGAGAUGGCUCUAGUUACCGUGACACUGUGGUGUACCAGUGCAUGCUAGGUUAUCGACUCAUUGGCACAUCUGUCAGAAUUUGCCAACAGGACCAUCGGUGGUCUGGAACAACACCUGUGUGUGUUCCAAUUACUUGUGGUCACCCUGGAAACCCUGCCAAUGGCCGGACCAAUGGCAGUGAGUUCAACCUGAAUGAUGUGGUCAACUUCACCUGCAGCAAAGGUUAUGUCCUCAGUGGAAGUGCGCGGGCCCAGUGCCGCCUCAAUGGCCAGUGGAGCAGCCCCCUGCCUGUCUGUAAAGUGGUAAACUGUUCUGACCCGGGGCAUGUGGAGAACGGUGUGCGUCACUCGGGCCUGCGUUACCCUGAGGUCUUCAGCUACGGAAUAACUGUGGCCUUUCACUGUAAGAGAGGCUUUUACCUGCUGGGCUCGGCUCUGCUCACCUGCCAACAUGAUGGACGAUGGGACCGACCAGUCCCACGCUGCCUUGCCAUUUCCUGUGGUGACCCUGGUGUCCCGCCUAAUGCAGUAGUGUCUGGGACCCACAGCUGGACGUAUGGCACAGUGCUGCGCUACUCCUGUUUGCCAGGAGGGGUGCUAGUCGGCAACACCACUCGACACUGUCAGGAGGAUGGCACAUGGAGUGGAGCACCACCAUACUGUACAGGUGUGAGUCCAGGUAUUUGUGGAGACCCUGGGAUGCCUCCACACGGGGCCCGACUCGGAGGGGAAGAGUUUAAAACCAAGAGCCUGCUGCGUUUUAGCUGCGAGGCCGGGUUUAAUCUGAUUGGCUCUGCGGAGAGAACCUGUCUUCACAAUGGCACCUGGAGUGGGACGCAACCAGUGUGUCAAGCUGUUUCCUGUGGCAAUCCUGGCACCCCGGCACAUGGCAGAAUCAUCUUUAGCGAUGGCAUCACCUUUGGCAGCUCUGUCGCAUACGCAUGCUGGGAUGGCUUUAAAACAUCUGGCCUAACCACCAGACACUGCACAACUAAUGGCACCUGGACAGGGCAGCCUCCAGACUGCACAGUCAUCAGUUGUGGAGACCCUGGACCUAUUGCCAAUGGAGUUUAUUUAGGAAGUGAUUUUACCUUCAACCACUCAGUCACGUAUCGCUGUAACCCUGGACACUUGAUGGAACCUCAGGGACUCGGGCGCAAUAUAUUACACUGCACUAAAGAUGGGACCUGGAACCAGACCAAGCCAAGCUGUAAAGUCAUCCACUGUGGACCUCCGCCUCAAGUCCUCCAUGGGAAAGUUGAGGGAAGUGACUACUCGUGGGGCUCAAGCGUCAGCUACAGCUGUUUCCAUGGCUACCAGCUGUCCUCUCCCGCUGUGCUGGCAUGUGAGGGGAAUGGGACGUGGACUGGAGAUGUACCCCAGUGUCUGCCUGUCCUCUGUGGUGACCCUGGCUCUCCGGGCGGUGGGUCCAGGGACGGAAACGUCUUCUCCUACAGGUCAGAGGUGAGGUUCUACUGCCAUGCCCCCUACCUGCUGGUUGGCUCUGUGUCAAGAGUGUGUCAGGCUGAUGGCAUCUGGAGUGGACAGCAACCGGCCUGCAUAGACCCCGCUUUCAACAGCUGCAGAGAUCCAGGAACACCAGCCUACGGCAUCCCUGUUCUGGCUCAGGGUUUUCAGGUUGGUAGUAAAAUAUCCUUCAAAUGCCGCAAGAAUUACCACAUUCUUGGCUCCACCACAAGAACGUGCCGAAACUUAACCUGGAGUGGGACACAACCCGAGUGCAUAGCCCACUCGUGUAGGCAGCCCGAGACUCCCAGUAAUGUGGAUGUUCGAUCCAUGGACCUGCCCACGCUGGGAUAUACACUGAUCUACACCUGUCAAGAGGGCUUCUAUCUGGCAGGAGGAUCAGAGCAUCGAACAUGCAAGAGUGAUGGGAGGUGGUCUGGCAAGCCCCCUCUCUGCAAAGUUGGCGUAAAGAUCAAUCCCAAAACCAGAGAGUCAGACGUCCAGAAAAACAAAAUUCGAGUGCCUGUGGAUGUGUUUUCACCCAACUCUGACUGGAGUGGUUUCUAUGAGUAUCUCGGAAAAAGACAAGGGACAACAUUCACCGUAACAGGAUUUAACACAACCACAGGAAGAGUCAAUGUUACCCUAAUGGAGCCCACCGGAGUGUCCAUCAGACUAUCAGGCACUUAUAAGUUUGAGGAAAACCAGUUACUCCUGAAGGUCUAUCAAGUGAAGGGGCCCACAGAGCAUUACUACAGCAAGUUUAAAAAUGACAACUGGGCAAUGGAUGGAUAUGUCACCGCUGAGUCGGAUCAAAAGACAUUUGUUUACCAAGGACAUAUUCACAGUAAAGACUUUGGCAAGUUCCACCUGACAAGGCAAGGUCCUGUUACCACGGCGAUAGACCCAUCCAGCCCGUACACAAACAGCAGCUCUGUGGCAGCGGCCAUCUUAGUCCCGUUCUUUGCCCUCAUCCUGUCGGGAUUUGCUUUCUACCUCUACAAACACAGGGCGUUGUCUGCUGACACAGAUGACAAUGAGAGACCUAAAGACACCUGGGGGCCUGGCGGCAGAACUCGCCCCAAGGUCCAGUUCAAUGGCUACGUCGGUCAUGAAAGUUCAAAUGGUCAGGCGUCAUUUGAAAAUCCCAUGUAUGACACAAAUAUGAAACCCACUGAAGCUAAAGCGGUGCGAUUUGACACCACGCUGAACACCGUCUGCACUGUGGUAUAG